AUGCGCCGUAUCAGUACAUUGUUUGCCGCAGCGCAGCUGUGCGCGGCCUCCCGCCAUGGAUUCAGUAUACACAACGACCUGCUCGCAUACCCCCAGUUCGAGGUUGUUCUAUCUGAUGCGUACAUUUCCGAGCACGAGGCGAAAGUGCUCCUCGACCCCGGCAAUCGUGGGAACGCCGACGACAAGGACAUCCAGCCAGCAAAGCCAGUCGCACACGGCAUCCAUGAUGGCAGCAACGAUGACGGCAGCCUUGAGACGACCGAGACGUACGAAGUCAUGACCAUGCAUGACACAAGGUAUCUCUGUGCAAUUCCCGUCAUAGAGACGCCGCCAGUUCAGAACAAGACCGAGACGGAGCUGGCCAAGGCAGAAGAGGCGCGUGAGCUGGCCAGGGCGUCAACCCAUGGCUGGGAGCUGGUCAAUGGUCUGGAUGGCACUUGUCUGUACUACGUCUCUGGCUGGUGGAGCUACAGCUUUUGCUACGGUCACGAUGUUGUGCAAUUUCAUGCCGCCCCUUCAAAGGGAGGACCGCCGAAGCGAGACCCAAACAGCCAGGAAUACGUUCUGGGCAGAGUACAAGACCCUUCAUCGACAACGAACCGGCGGGGACGCAGCAGCAAGACAACCGCACCAGCUGCAGCAAACAAAGAUGCCGCCAAGCCCACGACUUCACCGCCAAACACCGAGUUGCAGGUCAAGGGCGAUCAGCGCUACCUCGUUCAACGCAUGGAGGACGGCACGCUAUGCGACCUGAUGAAUCGCCCUCGGACCAUCGAGAUUCAGUACCAUUGCAGCCCCGGCAGCACCCAGGAUCGUAUUGGCUGGAUCAAGGAGAUCACCACGUGCUCCUAUCUGAUGCUCGUCAAUACGCCCCGACUGUGCUCCGAUGUUGCUUUCCGACCGCCUCCGCCCUCACGCGCAAACACAAUCAGCUGUCGUACCAUAGUACCGGAAGCACAGCAGGCUGACUGGCACGCCCAGAAAACACUCGAAGCGCAGGCCGCCAUGAUCGGUCAGCAGCUCAAGGAUGCUGCACAAGCACCCGUUAUCAUUGGCGGUGUCGUUGUCGGCGGGCGGCAGGUUCUAGGCAAGGGUGAGGAUGGGAAAGAAGCUCCUCAGCUUAAGCCGCCGAGGAGCUUUCACAAGGAACCCAUCGUUGAGAUCAUUGCCCUGGGCAAUACGGACGAGGACGGGCAGUUGGAGGUCCUCAGUGAUGAGGAACUGGAGAAACUCGACCUUGACCCGGAGCUUGUCGAAGAGCUUAAGAAGCAGAUUCAGGAGCUGGCCGGCGAGAAUGGCUGGAAACUACAAGUGGUUGAAGAGCCUGGUAACAAUGGCCGCGAGAUUCAGGGCGUGAUUGAUACAGACGGUGGGAAAGGCCCCAAGGUCGACGCAGAAGGCGACGAGGGCGAAGAGAGUGAAGAGAGUGAAAGCAGUGAUAGCCAGGGCAGCGAGGAGAAAUUCUUCAAGGAGGAAUUGUAA